UAUAGUCUUCCGAAAAAUUAUUACAACAAAGCAAACAUGCAUGCCCACCUUUCUAUAAAUUAUUGUGUACGAAACAUUACUCAUGUGAGAGCCUUUUCUCCCAAAAAACAAAUAUUCUUUUUCCCAUGAUUAUGAGAGCCUUUUCUUUAUGUGUUGCAUUGAUACUACUUAAUCUUUUGCACCAUGUGCAUUGUGAGCAUUCUUACAAGGUGGGACGAGUUGUAAAGAGGGGCUGUGACUUUUACACAGGGAAAUGGGUUUUCGAUAGAUCAUACCCUCUUUACGAUGCAUCAAGCUGUCCAUUCAUUGAGAGGGAAUUCGAUUGCCAAAAGAAUGGUCGCCCAGACAAAAACUAUCUCAAAUAUAGAUGGCAACCCACUGGCUGCAACUUACCAAGAUUCAAUGGUCGAUAUUUGUUGUCAAGACUUAGAGGAAAAAGAAUAAUGUUUGUGGGGGACUCGUUGAGUUUGAACCAAUGGCAAUCACUCACUUGCAUGCUUCAUAGAGCUGUACCAGAGGCUAGAUACAGCUUGACCAGGAUUGGGUACAUCUCCACAUUUACAUUCCCGGCCUACAAUGUUGAAGUGUUGUUCGACCGUAACGCAUUACUUGUUGAUAUUAAACGCACAAGCAAGGGGCGUGCUAUUAAACUAGACUCGAUCAAAAAAAGUGCAAAAGUAUGGAAAGGAAUAGACGUAUUGAUCUUCAAUUCAUGGCAUUGGUGGACUCACACGGGAAGAGAAACACCAUGGGAUUUUAUUCAAGUAGGGGGUAAGAGUUACAGAAACUUGAAUCGAUUCGUUGCAUACAAGAUUGCGUUGAAUACAUGGGCUAAAUGGAUAGACUCCAAUGUCAACCCCAAAAAAACCAAGGUCUUCUUCCUAGGUGUUUCUCCUGAUCAUAUAAAUGGAUAUUUCUGGGGGCAACCACAUGCAAAUCAAUGUGCGGGGCAAACUCAACCAUUGCUUCACCAUAGUUAUCGAGGGGGUCCACAUCCAGCACAGCAGCUGCUAGAGAAAGUGCUAAGCACCAUGUCGAAGCCGGUUCACCUGCUCAAUGUUACAACCCUAUCACAACUAAGAAAAGAUGGACAUCCAUCAUUUUAUGGACAUGGACACAGGAGCAUUGAUUGCAGCCAUUGGUGCCUACCCGGAGUACCUGAUACUUGGAAUCAACUCUUAUACGCUGCUCUAAUUACGAACUAGAAUACAGUGGCGGUCCAGGGGCGCCUAGGCCUAAGCCCCAUAAAAGAAAUAUUUUCUCUCCAGUGUCCGUUUGUCACGAAUA